AUGUACGAGGAAAGCGGACUUGCUGAGACUGCAUUCAUCGGUAAGCAUAACACUAAAUGGAUUCGUAAAGAAGAGCCUGGAAGCUCGAAGAUAGGCGCAAAGUGUUACGAAUGUAAUGAACGAGCCCAAAGCUGCCCUAAGAAAUCUCAAAGUUCAACUCAAAAGGCAAAGGAAUCGAGCAAACAAAAAGGAUUGUCAGCAAAUCUCUUAUCAAUCACUCAGAUGAUUGAUAACAGUAAUGAAGUUAUAUUCAAUCGCGAUGGAUGUAAAAUAUUCAAUCAGAAUGGAGAAUAUGUAUUUCGUAAAACCUGUGGAUGGUAUUUAUCGAAUUGAAACACGUUCAGUCAGAUGCAUGACUGCUAUCCAAGUAGCAGACUGAUGUCGAAAGACGAUAUAGAGACGUUUAUGUAUGGUCAUUUUUUGGUCUAUGACGUCGACGACUAAUAAUGGAUGUUUAUAAGACAUCAUUUUGUAGACCAGUUAUAGACGUCACUUUAAAGACGUCUUGAUGU